UUUUCGUACUUUCCGACUUACGCGUAUCGGAAAGGGGGAGGGGGAACAGUCAAGGGGCUGGCGACGAAAUAUAGCCUCGGCGUCGGGCGUCGGCUCGUUGAUCAUUCGCCAGGUUUGCGCGCCGGCUGCGCACGAAGCGGCACCCCCGACGGGAUGCCGCUUGGACCGCGACGCCGCCGCGCCUCAGGAGGCGCGACGCCGCCGCGGGGGCCCGCCGGACGUGAGGUCCGGCGGGCAGAUUAGCCGAGCUCGAGCUCGGCGGCGCGCAUUAUAUAUAUAUUAUGGCGCGAUGUAUGAUGAAUAUUGCUGCCACGGCGUGACAAGGGUCAUCCUUUAUUUAAGCAAGUUCCAUGUCGAUCUUGACCCACCACACGCACGACUGGUUCGUCUCCAGCCAGCCGUCUCCGCUCGGCCAAUUUUCGAGGCUCCAGGACGCGGGCAGCCCGUAGGACGUGUCGCCCACCUGGAUGGUGACGCCAGCCACCUGCACCGCGUCAUUCUGGUUAUAGUAGAGCUCGAUGUGCGUGAGCGGCAGUGUCGGGUCGAGAGGUCCCAGCGACUGCGAGGAGGUGAUGCCCUUCGUUUGAACGUCGAUCUCGUCCAGGUUCAGCCAACCGCUCGGGCCGGUCCAGCCGUCGUCUCGGUAGGUGGUGUCGCAGGUGCCCGUGUAGGCGGGCACCGAGACCGUGGGGCUCAAAGGGAUUGGUGUGGCGCCGCUCCAGAGCUUCACGUAGAGGUCGCCGUUGCCACCCUGGCCUUCGGCGUUAGUUUUCGUGCCCACGGUGAAGGUGAGGCUGCUCUCGACUUCGGGCACGUAGGGCGCCAUCGCGAGGGCGGACGGCGCGGCGGCGAGCGCGAUGGCGAUGAGGAGCUUCAUGUUGUUUUUUUAGGUCUACGCCUGCGUCGGCGUGACGGCGUCGACUCGGCGAGCACGGAAACGCUCAGAAACGCCACCCGACGACGCCCCAAAUUUCGCUCUCUGACGGUCGCCUGGGCCGCUUGGGCCGCCCUCUGGUCGACGGCGCCGCGCCGCGUCCCAGCGGGGGCCCACCCUUGCCCAAGGUCUUUAGACUAGUGUUUUCGCGCCAGAACGCGGUCACGCGCGGCGCGGCGCGAUUUUGCAGUGUAAGAGGACUUCAAUAGUGUACGGCGGAAGUUACAGGUUGAGGACGCUGGCGGGUAUACGAGUGUUUUCACUGCUGGUUUCGAGCUAUCCCUAGUAUCUCUAUCCCUGCUUUCUAAAAACGAUAGAACUCCCCG